AGCUAAAAUUUUACUGACUUCGAUAUCCAGCGGCAGCAAUAAAAACAUUGUUUGAGUGCAAUGUAAGCUAUGAAUUCUUUAGAAAAUAUGAAUCCAUUGGACAAAAUACAAGCAUUGGAUGACAUUGAAAAGGAGAUUAUUUUAUGUUUACAAAGUGCAGGUCAGGCUCUCCAGGAAUUGAGCAAAGAAAAGUCAUCCCAAAAAAGCGCUGAGACGCAGACAGCACAAUUUUUAAAGUCUUUACAAAAUGUAGAAAUGAAACUUAGCGAACAAAUAAAUUAUCUGACUCAGGUAUCUACCGGUCAACCUCAUGAAGGUUCUGGAUAUGCUUCAGCAAAAGUCCUUCAGAUGGCAUGGCAUCGUAUAUCACAUGUUCGUUCAAGAGUGCGAGAAUUGGAAGAAACAAAGGCAAAAUACACACAUGCUGCAAGACAACAACAGCAGCAGAGGCAACAGCAACAUGCUGCUGCGGCAGCUUUGCAACAGCAAAUGGUGCAGCAACAACAAUCACUACUACAUGAUACAAAUAUUAGUGGGACCAGCACAAACCAAACCAAUGCCCUACUGAACGUUUCGAUGAAUCAAAGUGGCGGAGGUUAAAUAUUUAAAAUUUUGUUAAUAUCAAUAAAAAAUGCUCCGUUUUCAUAAAUCGUUAUCUCAA